AUGAACCUCUGCGACCGCCUGCCGGCGCUCCAGCGCGACUUCUACGUCCAGUUCGGCGCGACGGUCGUCGGCGCCAUGAAGCUCGACGCGUCCGUGGCCUCCGUGCAGGACACGGCCGCGGCGGCGAAGCUCGAGGCGCUCAUGGCCGCGGGCGUCGUCGUGCCCAACGCGGGCAUGACGCUGGACCCCGGCGCGGCGGCCCAGGCCGUGCGCCUCCGGUCCGCGAGCCGCGACGGCCUCUUCACGCCGCGCCAGGGCAGCCAGUCCGGGUCCUUCGCGGGCGCGCUCUCGAACUCGCCGCCGGACCGGCCGCCGCCGCCCGCCGCGCCGCCCGCCGCGCCGCCGCCGCCCGUGCCGCCGCCGCCGUCCGCGGCGACGCUCGAGGCCAUGGCGGGCCGCAAGGAGUCGCUGAGCGCCGCCGAGGCCGAGCAGGUCCGCAAGCUCAUGAUGGCCCAGGCCGGCGGACCGCGGCCGCCGCCGCCGGCCGCGCCGCCGGCCGCGGCGCCGCCGCAGCCGCCGUCGAACCCCUUCGCGCCGCCGCCGGCCGCCGCCGCGCCGCCGCCGCCCGCGCCCGCCGCGCCGCCCGCGCCGCCGCCGCCGCCGCCGCCGCCCGCGCGCGGGCCCCCGCCGGGCAUGAUCCAGGUCACGGCGCAGUUCGACUUCGCCGAGGUCCAGGCCGGCGACCUCGGCUUCAAGGUCGGCGACCUCAUCCUCACGGACGAGGCGGCCUUCAACGCCGCCGGCGCGUCCGGCGGCUGGAUCACCGGCGAGCUCAACGGCAAGUCCGGCUCCUUCCCGUCCAACUAC